UUUGAGUCGCGCCGCAGCACAAGCGCCACGCUCAAAAUCUACCCUAAUUAUUUUUUACGCGUGUUAUUUUCAGUCUUAAUGCAACAACUUCGGGUCUACAAAAGGAGAAAAAGCAAAAACGUGUAUUAACAAUGCCAAUAAAUUCCUAGCAGCGUUUUCUGUGAUUUACUAAGUUACCUUUACUCUCCUGCUACUCCGAACGACCGAACCAACAGAUAAAAUGAUUUCUCAUAUAAACAAAAGAAACGCUUUUGCACAUGUGUCAAAUGUUGCCUUUCUCCUCGUCAUUACUAUAGCUUUAAGGGUAGGGUUUUGCCAGACUAUUCAGAUUAAUCCGGGUAAGUGUCUCGUUUGGGGUCCUGGAUUGAAUCCCGAUGUUGUGCUUCCUGUCCGGUACUUUUACAUACAAACUGUUGAUACACAAGGGAAAAACAUCACCCUCUCUCCAGAUAAAGACUCUUUUAAAGUGAAGAUUUCCUCCCUGGAAAAGGAGUAUCUUCGAAUACAUGUCCCAGCACCCUUGGAUCGGGGCGACGGCUCCCUUCUUGUCAGAUACCGCCUUUAUGGAAGUACUUUGAAGGGAUUAAAGAUUGAAGUUUUAUACCAGGACAAACAAGUGGCAAAGUCACCAUACACUCUUAAGGGUCCUGUUUAUCAUGAAUACUGUGACUGUCCAGAGUCUGAUGUGGCAGCCUGGCAGAGGGUUUUGCAGUGUCCACAGGAAGACCUGCAAAUUCAAAAGGAUUUCAGUUCAUUUCCCUCUAUUGACCUGCAGCAGCUCCUGAAGGAGGUUCCAACGCGCUUUGCAAAGCGUGGAGGACUCAUUCACUACACCAUUUUAAACAACCAGGUGCAUCGGCGAUCACUCGGGAGGUACACUGAUUUCAAGAUGUUCUCUGAUGAGAUUCUGCUGUCCCUCGCUCGAAAAGUAAAAUUGCCUGAUGUGGAGUUUUAUAUUAAUGUAGGAGACUGGCCAAUGGAGAACCGAAAAGUGAGCGACAAUCCUGGACCAGUGCCUGUUAUUUCAUGGUGCGGCUCCACUGAAACGCGGGAUAUCAUUCUUCCCACAUAUGACAUCACACAUUCAUCCUUAGAGGCAAUGAGAGGUGUAACAAAUGACCUGCUGUCGGUGCAGGGGAACACAGGUCCCACAUGGUCAGACAAAAUGAACAUGGCGUUCUUUAGAGGUAGGGACAGUCGUGAAGAACGUUUGCGUCUGGUCACCAUGUCCAAAGAAAAUCCAGAGCUGCUCGAUGCAGGAAUAACAGCAUACUUUUUUUUUCGCGAUCGGGAGAAGGAUCUUGGAAAAGUACCUCUGGUUGGCUUCUUUGACUUUUUUAAGUACAAGUACCAAGUGAAUGUGGAUGGGACUGUAGCGGCCUACAGAUUUCCAUACUUGAUGCUGGGCAACAGUUUGGUCUUAAAACAGGAUUCACCAUACUACGAGCACUUUUACACACAUCUCAAACCAGGUGUACACUACAUUCCUGUGAAGAGGGACCUUUCGGACCUCAUCGAGAAGAUUAAAUGGGCUAAGAGCAAUGACACAGAGGCAGAAGCCGUAGCCAGGAGAGGACAGUCAUUGGUGAGAGAUCUGCUUCAGCCUCAUAGACUCUACUGCUACUACUACACAGUGUUUCAGACCUAUGCUGAUCGUCAGAGCAGUCGGCCUGCUGUUCAUCCUGAUAUGGAAAUAGUGCCUCAGCCAACAGAUCAAACUGCUUUGUGUAACUGUGAGAGAGCAGAGGACCAGAAACCACAGAAAGAUGAGCUCUGAGGUCAGUCCAAACCCUCACAGUUCCUUUUCCACCAAAGAUUAACUUACAAAAUUAUGCCACAAGCGUCACAAAAAUUUAAUAAAUCUGAAAGGAAAAUCAAAUACCCAGUGACACUGAAUCAGAAUAACUUGUGGUCGAUGUACUUUCAAAGAAUAAGGGAUAGAUUGUUUCACUUAAAGCAAAAAGAUUGAAAAUAAUUUCUGUACCCAUGCAUUACAAACUUUUUUCUUUUUUUUUUAUUUACAUUUUGCACAUUAUUUACUUAAGAAACCAUCUAGAUUUUCUUCACAUUGCAUAUAUGAGUUGAAUUGAGCGGUAAAAUACAUAUCUUUUGUUUAUACUUACUAGCCUUCAUCUGUAUGGAAAUCAAGGUUGAUGAAUAUCUAUUUUGACACAUUGCACAAAAAAACUAGUCUGUGAAACCUGUGAAUUUUAAAACUUUUGAUUAAAUAUUUUUAAUGAAACCAGUGGAAGCUAAGCUUUAUACCAUAUGUGGGCCACACACAGUGAAGCUCAUUUCCUAACACUAAAUUCAUAAUCUCAUGCUUGAAGAUAUUGCAUUCUAUGGCCCGUUUACACUAAUACGUUUUAGUUUUAAAAUGCAUAAGUUUUGCUACGGUUACACCAUCCAUCCACACUACGCCAGAGUUUUCGAGUGCCAAAAACAGCUUUUUGAAGACACUGAAGAGGCCGUUUUCAUUUUAAAAUUCUGCUGCUCCGUUUUAGUGUGGAUGAGGGGGAAACGAAGACAUCUGAAAACGGAGGCGUGGCUGCAGAUGUUCGCCUAUCAUUUUUCUCAAUAUUAAGUAGCCUACACAAAGUUCAGUCUUGCUACCUCUCCGUGUAAGUUCAGACUUCGCAAGUUUGACAUGGAAAACAAACUCCAGAGAACACACCGAAUAAAUCUUCAAAGGGAACAGUGUACUUUAUAACCUCAUUCACAUCACCUUGGAUACGUUGUUUCACUUUCUUAACAAUAAAAUGAAAACAUGAAGGAAUUAUCUAUUUUCAUUUUGAUAUUAGCAACUUAACAGACCCCAAAAAUGUUGAGGCGUCAUGUAGCUACAUAUUUAUAUGACCGUCAUCUUCACUGUAUGCAUAUUUAUAACAAAACGGAGCCUAUAACAUUACAGCCUCCUUUCAUUUUCAUUGAAAAUAUGUAACAUACCCACUCUUUUGCAGAAUAUCAGUUUUAAUAAAAAAAUAGUGGCCAAUAAGUUUAUACAUUAUAGUAAAUAAAUGCAAGCAAUCCGUCAAUAUGCAGAAUCAGUGUAGGUGGUUACAUUAAUUAAUAUAUAAACUUAUCUUUGCGCUCAGCCAAAACACGUUACCUGAGAACAUGUCGUUAGAUAGAGACAAGAUGAUUUAAAUAUCACGUUUAACAAAUAUAGUGAGAUAAGAUCCAGCGGUAGAUUCUUUAUGAACGGUCCGAUGUGCACAGCUCUCAUUGCUGCAGUGCAUGCCAGAAAGUGUGUGUGUGGUCACGUGAUGUGCGCCUUCAGUUGGUAGGUUGGACGGAGAGUUGUUCAGAAACGCUAGGUGAAAUGCCAGUGUGGAUGCGGAUCGUUUUCAUUCUAAGACGGUGUUUUAAAACUAAAACUUAUUAGUGUAAACAGGACCUAUGACUGCUCAGAGUGGACUGCUGAAUUAUGGUGAUGUGAUAUAUGUGUGAGUAUGACUUGUUGACUUGCAUCUUUUAAAAAUACAAUCAUUGUGAGCUUGCCUUAAACUUAUACACAUUCCAUUUGUUCGCAAUCUCCAUUUGUGCCAAACAAGUGUUUCUGUGGUAGUGUGACAUUGUUAUGCCAACAAACAUUUUUAAUGAAAAAGAUGAACAACGUUGUUUC